AUGCCGCCGAAAACCAGAAAAGUUAAAAAUAGUGGAUCGUUAAAAGAAAAUGUGUGUGUUUCCAUUCAAUCUAAGUCAAAAAAUGUUCAUAAAAGUGUAAAAGCCCCCAGAAAAGCCUUAGCCGAUAAAACGAAUUCGGCAUCAGAUGAUAAUGAGACUGUUAUUUCUGCUAAAGUUUCCAGUAAUACAGGAAAAACGUUAUGUGUUUUAAAGAGUCCCGAUGAUAAAAAUGAUCAAGUUUAUAACGUACGACCCCGCCGAAACCGAAAGCUCCCAAAUAGAUUUGUCGAGAAUCAAAUUUUGACUAAUCUUCAUGGAAAUGAGGAUGAAAAACCUAAUUCCAUAACUGAAAAUGUCACUAAUGAUGAAAGAGAUAGUAAUUUACAAAACAAAAAGGCUGUGGUGGUAUUAACAUCAUUAAAACCACACAAUAAAAUAACAGAAACCAGCUUAGCAGAUAGUCGCCCCAAGAGAAUCUGCCGUCUUCCAUCUAAAUUUGAGGAUCAUUCAGUUAGUCCCAAUAAAUAUAUCCCAGUACAACCAAUACAAGCUAGUACUCCAAUAGUGCAAAAUAAAAGUUCUAAACUAUCUAGUAAGAUUAAAAACACAAAAGAUAAUGUUGAGGUAAGUAGAACUUUACGAAAACUCCAAAGUAAAAUUAGGAAUAGAGUCAAUAUUAAAGAAGAUAAUUUAGAAGAAAACACAAACAAAAAUAAGGAUGUAUCCAUAGUAAAUUCAAAAACAAAUCAGGUUCAGUCAAAUAAACCAUCACCUAUUAAGAAGGUUUCACAAAAAACACAAAAAGGUGCUAAAGAUAAUUUGGUUUCAAGCAAAAAGCAAGCUGAUACUAACAACAAUGCAAAUGACUUAAUCAAGGAUAAAUAUUUGUGUAUUGCAUCAUCCCCUUGUAUGAAUGAAAAUAAAAAUAAUAAUACUGGCUAUCGAUUCUUGGAAAAAAAUUAUUCCUUCAAAGUUUUAGAUGACCAGAAAAAGGCAAUGAAAAGAAAUGCAAAUACCCUCGAUGUUUAUGAAUUUACUUAUGAUCCUACAGAAGAACCCACACCACAAAAAAAGAAACGUAAAAGAGUUGUUCAAAAAAGAAAGCAAAAACCUAAAACAAUUUACACAAAUACUUAUGAUAAAAAUGUGGCAAAAUCUUUAGCAGCCUUAAAAAAUGUUCUAUUAACAAAAUCAUCACAAACUAAACUACUCACUGAGAAGAUGGUCACAGAAACAAAAACAAUUCAAAAUAAUACUACAUCUAAUCCGAACUUAAAUCCGAACACGGUAAUGAAAACAGCUACACAACAAGUAAACAAUGCAUGCCCAGAAGCUUUAGAGAAACAUUACAAUUCCUUCCAAGUAGAAGACAUUGUUUUGGAACAUGAACCUGUAGCUAAUGGUCAUAGUGACAUUAAUUAUUCUCCAGUUAAUUCUCCUAAUCAUGGCAUUAUACCAUCUGAACCUAAACAAGGCACAAACAAUGCUGUGGAAGUAAUGACCACAAAUAAAGACCCACUAAACCUGCAAGAUGACCUCAGUUUCUUUGAUGAAUGUCCAGCAGCUAGUAGUAGCAUGAAUGUGUCCACAAGAGAUCCCUCGGCCACACCUUGGAGAGUUGAAUUUGGAAAACUGCCUAUAAAGUGGCAAGUGAACACUUAUGUCAAACCUAAUAUGACUCCGGCCUUUGAAAGUUCCUUCAUUAAUUUCGGUGAUGAUAAAAGGAAACAUGUUUAUACAAACAUAGUGCCAGAAGAGAAUGGUACAUUACCAGAAAUAUUAGAAAGUGAUAAUGCAACAAACUUGAAACAGACAAAUAUCAUUUCAUUUUUCAAAGAAGUAGUAGAGAAAAGUACCAGCAAAAAAUGCAAAAACAAAGCAACUCCAAUAAAAAGUAAUUCUAUUUUUGAGGAUAUUACAAACACUUCUGAAACAGCAGUCACUCCAGUUAAACAAAUUGCUUCAAUUAAAAAAAGUGUUACACCAAAAAAGAAAAAGUCUUCAGACAAUAUCACAAGUAGUACAGAUAACACGUCUGUUAGUUAUAAAGAGAAUUCUAUUGAAAUAAUGCAAAAUGAUAAACAGAAACCACAAAGUAAAAAAAAAGAUACUGAUUUAACAUUCUUUGGGUUUGAUGACAGUGAUGAACAAGACCAAGAAAAUGUAUCACCAAAUAAAAAAAAGUGUCACAAAAGAGCUUUGAGACCACGCUCUAGAGCUGUAUUAAAAGAGCUAAAUGUACAGAGAGUACCUACAAGAGCUGUAUCUGAAACAGAGAAAAAUAAAAACAAUGCUGAUGCUCAUAAUAACAAAAUGUUGGAUGAUAUGAAAGCAAGUAACCCUCCAGUCAGUCAAGAAAACUCAGAAAAAAUUUGUGAAAAUUCAAAAGAUGUUAAUGAUGCAAUGAUAGCUAAUAGUGCCAACUUGAGUGGAGAAGACUCACAAUCUGUGCAUUUAUUUGAAGACCUUGAAUUGUUGGAUGUUAUACAUCAUGUAAAGCCAUUGAGAAAAAGCUACGGUAGAAAUAAGAAAGUCACGUUCCGACAAAAUUCAGUGUCAAGUGACACACAAGAGAGUGAUAUUGGUGAGCAAAAUAAGUCCAGCGAGGAAGAAGACAAUUUAGAUGACCUAACUUUCCAGAUGCCUACAAUAGAACCGAAAAAAAUUAAAAGAAGAAAGAAACCGAACAAACAGUUUUCAAAGAAAGAGGAAAAAGAAGCCGAUGCGUGGGCUGCAGGCUUUAACUCUAUGUGUGAAGAUGUUGAUGAGUUUGAUUUAGUCAUUGAAUGA